AUGAGCAGCCCAAAGUCGCGCCUCGAGAGCCGCGCCAUAACGGAAUGGCCGGACUGUACGAAUGAGAGAUUCCACCUCUGGCCAGCACAAUCGCUUUCGUCGCCCCACCCGGCUUUUGUUUGCCAUUAAAUGACGCACACGAGUUCUAAAGGGCUUUUCUCUCUCCGCGUCGCCUCUUUGCCCUUAAACACACCGAAACGCCCAGAUCAGUCCUGAUCGAGUGUGCCCUCUUGGCCUUUGCCCGAGCUGCGAGUGCCAGUUCGGAAGGGAAAGGGUGGCACCAUUGGACGUUUGAAUGUGGUGGCCAGAAACGCCCAAGGCAGUCAGAUCAUGUGGUGGCCUUUUUCCGGACCGUGCCGACCGCAAACUCCGGGUCUCUACCACGUUCCCUUCUUUCGCUUCACGCCUCAAAGGAAUGCGGAGUCGGACUGAUCGGGACGGCCGCUUUUGGAAUCGGGCUCGGAAAGAAAGGAGAAAGGCGGCGCCGAUUCGCCCGACCGCUUUUGUACAAAAAUGCUUGCGGCAUUUGUUUUCUGUCGGCGAGAAGGCAACUGGAAGACAGAAGCGGCCAUAUUUUGGCCAAAGGCUACCGAACUACAAUUUAA